CACUAGUCGGCACUGGUCGGCACUGUCCGCACUGUCGGCAGUGAUGUUUACAAUUCUCUCUAGUCACAUGACCGGUUGCAAUAGGUUAGGAUCAUCGCUUUUUUUUCUCUCUCUACAUCUUUUGUGUUUAGCCGCACGAGAAACCACUCGUGUCUUUAUCAUUCGCGGUCCGCGAAGGCCAUUUCUUCUGAUACGGUAUGUCCGGGGUGUGUCCGAGCUCUUUGUUAAGAUUUUAGGAUCGCCGUUCACGUCUGACAUCACGUAUACGUUGACAAUCGGAGUGCAGAGAGAGUUUACGCCGAAUUUUAGUUUAAUUUAUUUAGACGAGACAACGUUAAAGAAACGAUGAAGAGAAAUUUGCGAGACAGGAAAAAUCGAGUACUAAUUGAAUUAUCGGAUUCCGAUGACGAUUAUAAGACAUCUAAGAAAUCAGAAGAUGAGGUCUGUGUACUGGAGGAAAAAGAAAAGAAACAGAUUAUACCGGAUAAGGGAAAGUCAAAAAAGAGAGCAAGGAGAAAUACAGAAGAUGAAGUCUAUAUAGUAGACGAGAAAGAUAAAAUUACAGCAGGAAAAAAAGAAUCAACGAAAAAGAGAGCACAGGAAAAUACAGAAGAUGAGGUCUUAGUAGUAGGAGUAAGUGGGAAGAAACCAAACAUAGAAGAUAAGGGAGAGUCAUCAAAAAAGAAAGUAAAAAGAGAUACAGAGGAUGAGGUCUGCAUAGAAGAAAACGAAAAGAAAGAGAAAAUCAUGGUGGAUAAGGAAGAGUCAACGAAAAAGAGAGCAAGAAAAAAUACGCAGAGCAGAAAUGUUAAAUCUGUUAAAAUAAAAAAUUCAGAAGAAAGCUUGGAGACAAGUAACAAGAAAAUAAAGCUACAAGAAGGAUCAUCGCGCGCUGAUUCUGCGGAUGUAAAGGUGUCGGAACAAAACCGGAAAGAUUUAGUUAAAGAUUGCGUAAAGGAAGAUGUAAAGAUUGAAGAGAGAUUAAACUCCAACUUUUUACAAUGCACAGAAUGCACAGAAUGGACAGAUAUUGACUAUGUGAGCGAAAUCAACAAUAUUGAUAGACGUAUCGUGGAGAAUGUGGUGAGGCUUUUCAAGGAGGACAACACUAUUCCCUUCAUCGCAAGAUACAGAAAGAAUAUGACCGGUUCUAUGGACCCGGAUAAGUUGAGAGCGCUUCUGGAGAGUUUCGAGCAGGCAAAGACCAUUAAGCUUCGCGCUGGGGCGAUUAUCAAGAACAUUGACAAGUUGGGGAAAUGGUCGCCGGAACUUCACGCUGCUAUCACGUCUACGAAAUCCCUCGCCGAUCUUGAGUAUAUUUACUCUUUGUACAAAUCAGCGUCGAAGCGAAGUUUGGCGGAAAAAGCGCGAGAAUUGGGCCUGGGCGUUGUCAGUGGUGCAGUUUUACAGGGACAGGAUAUACCGCCAUUGGCAUCCUUGAUAGACGAACAAAAGGAAGGGCUGCGAAACGAGCAGGAAGUGAGAAGCGGUAUCGUGCAUAUAAUAGCGGACGUCAUCAGCAAGAAUAAGGAGAUUUUUGACAAGGUAACGUCCCUCCGGAAAACGUCUGUUAUAGAUAUACAAACGACGCAGUGUAAAACAGCGGAGGAUUCGAAGAACGUAAAUAGCCGGAAGUACGAGCAGUACUUUAAUUUCAAAUCGAGCGUGAAUACCAUCAAGCCGUAUCACAUACUGGCCAUCAAUCGGGCCGAGUCGCAGAAAAUCAUCAGCGUAAAGAUCAUCGUUCCCGAUGCUUUCGAACACGCGUUCAAGGAACACUGCUUGUCGCGAUACGCGCAUCGACGAGAUCUCGGAUGCGGCAUGAAGAUACUCCACUGGGAUUUACUCAAAGACGGUAUCGAUCACGCUUACAAGAAACUGAUUAGGCCUCAGGUGAUACGUCGCGUGAGGAGCGAGAUGAAGGAGAGCGCGGAAAAAGCGUCUAUCGAGGUUUUCGCUACUAACGUUAAGCAAUUGCUGCUCGUUCCUCCCGUGCGAGGUAAAAUCGUUCUCGGUAUUGACCCGGGUUACCGUCACGGCUGCAAACUCGCCGUCGUAUCGGAGCAAGGCGACGUCCUCGAGACCGCCGUGAUAUACCCCCACAAUCAUCCAUCGGCGUUUAAAGACGCGGCUAACGUGCUGGCGAAAUUAGUUAACAAAUACAGGUGCACGAUGAUAGCCCUGGGGAACGCCACGGCGUGCAGGGAGACCGAACUAUUUCUGACGAAGGUAAUAGAGUCGAGGAUGUUCGGCUCGCUGAACGCGAUGUACACCAUUGUUGACGAGUGCGGCGCCUCGAUUUAUAGUUGUAGUCCGCAGGCAAAAUCCGAGUUUCCGGAUCUCGAUCCGAACUUGGUAUCGGCUAUCUCGAUAGCGAGACGCUUGCAGGACCCGUUGGCGGAAUUGGUGAAGAUAGAGCCGAAGCACUUAGGAGUCGGGAUGUACCAACAUGAUCUUCCCGAGACGAAAUUGACGAAGACGCUAUCCGAAGUUGUCACGGAGGUCGUGAGUUUUGUGGGAGUUGAUAUCAAUACAGCUUCCCAUUAUCUUCUACAACGAGUAGCCGGUCUCACGCUUUCUAGAUCUACGAAUAUCAUCGAGUGGCGAACAAAAAACGGGCCGUUCAGGAACAGAAAGCAGUUAUUGAAUGUGAAGGGUAUCGGCAACAAAACGUUCGAACAAUGUGCAGGUUUUAUAAGAAUUCUGCCGGAGACAGCGACGGUUAGCGAAUCCUCGUCGGAACGAAAGAGAUCGGACGAUUUUGAUCCCCUGGAUCAGACGUGGAUCCAUCCGGAAUCGUACGCGAUAGCGAAUAAAUUCGUGAAACACUGCCAAUGCAAAUUGUACGAUAUCGGCACUCCGGCAUUUAUCAAUAGGAUAAAUUCUCACGCGAGAACCGGAUACGGGAAUCUAGCCGCGCAAUUCGGCACCGACGAGACUACGAUGGAGACAAUAGUUACAGCUCUGACCAUGCAGAAGGACGACGAUAUACGAUCGAAAUUGAACCAGCCGCUGUUUCGCAACAGCGUGCGACAUAUCGACGAUUUGACCGUCGGUACCAAAUUGAGUGGCGUCGUGCGAAACGUCGUGCCUUUUGGAUCAUUUGUAGACGUGGGGGUUGGUAGUGACGCACUGAUACACACCACCCGUAUGAAAAAAAGGGAUCUACAUGUAGGCCAGCGUGUGGAAGUGAAGGUAGUUGGCAUCGAACUGGCACGCCAAAGAAUUAAUCUCGAGUUAAUGAGCUAGCUGUACGUAAUCGCAUCGAUUAUUCUUUCCGACGUUACAUAUUACAACAAAAAACUAGCAUUAGGUUGGUGCUCAAAAACAUUUUAUUUUAAUGUAUUGACGUAGUCUUUUAUAAUUUAUUUUAAAAGUAAGAAAUAAAAUUGACGUUACUUUUGCAUCAACCUAAUAUCACGAUAUCACUAAUCUCAUGAUAUUUGUUAUUUUACAAGUAAAAGAAAGCAUUGCUGUUGCGUUGGUGAUGAGUUUAUUUUUUUUAUAACGUUUACAUUUGAGAUUUAGCUGAAUAUGCAGUUUUCUUAUAUGUAUAACAAA